AUGGAGGUUCCAGAACCCACCUGCCCUGCCCCUCCUGCCAGGGACCAGCCAGCUCCCACUCCUGGCCCCCCAGGGGCUCCAGGUGGCCAGGCCUCGCCUCGCCUCGCCCUGGGCCCUGUCAUCCUGCCUCCAGAGCAGGGCCUGGCCCCCACGGUGUUCCUGAAGGCCCUGCCCAUCCCACUGUACCACACUGUGCCUCCUGGGGGCCUCCAGCCGCGGGCCCCCCUAGUGACUGGCAGCCUGGAUGGAAGCAGCAUGCCCUUCAUCCUUAGCCCCCUGCUGCAGCCUGAAGGGCCUGGCCCUACUCAGGUGGGGAAGCCAGCAGCCCCAACGCUGACCAUGAACAUCGUGGGCACUCUGCCUGUCCUUUCGCCAGGCCUGGGGCCCACGGUGGGCAGCACAGGCAAGGUGCGGAAUGUCGGCAAGCACCUGUGCCCGCACUGUGGCCGGGACUGCCUAAAGCCCAGCGUCUUGGAGAAGCACAUCCGGUCGCACACGGGCGAGAGGCCGUUCCCGUGCGCCACGUGCGGCAUCGCCUUUAAGACCCAGAGCAACCUGUACAAGCACAGGCGAACCCAGACACACCUCAACAACUCCCGGCUGUCCUCAGAGUCCGAGGCGGGUGGGGGCAGCCUUCUGGAGGAGGGGGACAAGGCCAGAGAGCCCUCCAGAGCAGACCUCAGCCGGGAAAGCCGAAGCCAGAGGCUGGGUGAGGGCGCGUCAGAGGGACCGCUUUCAGCAGGCGGCCACGUGUCCCUUGUUGCCAAGAACCUAGGUACGAAGACGGACGCUGUUCCCUGCCAAGGGUCCACACCUGCCGACAGAGACGGUCCUGGGGACCCUGCCCAUAUGGCGUACCCCGGGCCCCCGCCGGCCGGCUCGCAGCCCUGGCGGAAGCUGCUGGAACAGAGGUCCCCGCCGGCCGGCAAGCCGAGCUGGCUGCAGCGGCAGCAGGCCACGUUGGAGAAGCCCUGGGACGCCAAGGCCUCCGAGGGCCGGCUGCGGAAGUGCGAAAGCACCGACUCGGGCUACCUGUCCCGCUCGGACAGCGCGGAGCAGCCGCCGGCGCCCCCCAGCCCCCUGCACAGCCUGUCGGAGCACAGCGCCGAGUCCGAGGGCGAGGCGGGCCCGGGCCCGGGGCUGGGGGGCGCGCGGGUGGCCGGCCUGGAGCUGGAGAAGAGGCGGCUGGAGGAGCGCAUCGCCCGGCUCAUCUCGCACAACCAGGCGGUGGUGGACGACGCCCAGCUGGACACCGUGCGGCCCCGCAAGACCGGCCUGUCCAAGCAGGGCAGCAUCGACCUGCCCAUGCCCUACACCUACAAGGACUCCUUCCACUUCGACAUCCGCGCGCCCGAGCCGGGCCGCAGGAGGGCUGCGCUCGGCCCUGCGCGCUCCACCUUGACGCCCCCAGACGUGUCGCGGCCCCUCUUCUUCCACUCCGUCCCCACCCAGCAAUCCACCGUGGAGUGCAUCCCCGUCACGAGGAGCAACUCGCUGCCCUUCAUCGAGGGCUCCAGGAUGUGGCGGGAACCACUGGGCCCUCAGGACGCCUGCCCCAGGACACAGAAGCCCCUGAGCCCCAGACUCACCCCGGCCCGGCCGGGCUGCCACUCGGGGCUGACCUGGGCUGCCGUCCCCAGCGGGCACCCCCGGGCCCUGGUCAGACAGGCUGCCGUGGAAGACCUGCCGUGGACGUCCCCUGGAGACUCCCCGGGCCCUGCAGAGGACCCGGAGGGAAAGAGAACUGCCGCAGGGGAGGGGGCGACCAGCAAGGGCAGAGUGGACGGCAAGAAAUGCGGCCAGAGAAGGCUGAAGCUGUUCUCCCAGGAGAAGUGGCAAGUGUAUGGGAACGAGACGUUCAAGAGACUCUACCAGAAAAUGAAAAGCAGCCCCCACAGAGGCAAGAAAGCCAGGGAGGUGAGAGCAGGCAGUAGGACAGAGCCGGACCUUCCUCCCCGGGAAGAGGCAGCAGGGGGCAAUGCCGCUGGGGAUAUCUCCAGAGGGGCCAGGCCAGAGCCUUGGGGAAGCCCUGGAGUCCCAGAGGCCUCCCUGGUGACUGAGCCCCCUAAGCACAGGGAGACAGUGGCCAGAGCAGGAGACAGUGACCAGCCCAGGGUGGACAGGGCUGUGUCAUCCCCUACACUCAGUGACAGAGACACCCCCUGUUUGGACAGCAAGAGCCCUCUGUUCCCUUCAAAUGGGAGGCGGGAACUGGAGCAGCAGCUGCCGCCAGCAUCUGCCCCCGUUAAAGGGGGUGACCUAGAGGCUCGCAGACUGGUUUUGCCAGACUCCAAGCUGGAAGGAGGCACCCGAGGUGGUGGGGGCAUGACGGAGACCUGUCCCUGGGCCCAAACCAUCCUGAUACGGCCCAGCAGUGGCCCUGGGGAGGACCGGCUCCGCUUGGAGAGGAAGAAACUGAAGGUGGAGACACUGGGCAGCCCGGAGCGACUGGAGCCUGUGGGGGCAGAGACCCCGGGGGGACCUGCACAGGCUGCCUCCCAGGAGCAGGGCAGUGACCCCAGGAAGGCUCCAGGCAGGGAGCACGGGAGUGCCGGGCGGACAAGCGAGCCCCUGGAGUCCUCUAGAGCCUCCUCUGCUGCUGCUUCUGUUGCUCCGAAGCAAGCUGGGCUGAGGGACCAGGUGCCCAUGUGGCAUCCUGCAGCCCUGGCCCACGGGCGUCACGCCCCACCCUUUGCCCAGCCUCAGGCUUCCGGCGUCCUGGCUGCUGCAGCAGACAAUGCCUUCUUCCCCAAGUACCUGCUCAAGUUACCUCGGGCAGAGGCCCCCUCUUCACUGCCCAUUCCCCAGGGAAUGGGGACUGGGUGGCCCAAGGAAGAGGUAUCCUUUGUUGGACCAGGCCUGGGGACCCCCCUGUCUUGCAGCCCAGCCCUAGGGGCCCCCAGGGAGACCACCUCCUCCCCAUCCACACCCAUGUGUGAGGCCCACACGGCUCAGGACAGGGAGGGUGAGACACAUGCCAUCCAUCACCUCUGCGUGGGCAGCACUUUCCCAAUGGCCAGGCCCUCUGGGGCUGCCUCGAGUCCCUGGGCACCCAGCUGGGAGCUGGGGGUGCCUCCUGGGAACGCUCUGGAAGACCCUCCAUCAGGGCCUCUGGCAGGGCUCAAUCCCUGCUGUUCCCUCCAGCCCAGCUCCUUCCUCACCACCCUCCCUCAGCCCCACGCCAUGCCCCCCAGCUGGCCCGAGCUGGCCUUGUCUUCCCACUCAGGGACCCCCAGGACCUGCAGGGACCAGAGCCCAUUCCCCUCGCUGAAGGCCGAGCCCCGGCUCACGUGGUGUUGCUUGAGACGCAGCCUCCCUCUGCCCGCGGAGCAGAAGGGGAAGGCGGUAUCCGUGUACUCGGCCCUGCACUUCCCUGGUGGCGGCCUCCGGGAUGAAGGUCCUGCCGCCCUGCCCGUGAGCAAUGGAGGAGGGACCCGGACGAGGCCUAGAGAAGGAAGUUCGGCUCAGAUAUCCAAGCUCUCCCACCCCACAGUCCCAGGAGUGAUGUCCCAGGACCCGGCAUCUGAGCCACAACGGAAGAAAGGACCGCCUCCUCAGAGGGCCAAGACACCUCGUGGGAGCGGCAGGCAGAGAAAACUAAGGAUCAACCCUAAAAGGUACAAAGGGAAUUUCUUGCAGAGCCGUGUUCAGCUGAGAGCCGGCAGACUACGCAAGCCAACGUGGGUGCCGAGAAGAAGCUGCCCCCCUCCCCCACUUGAGGGGCAGGCCUCUUCAGCAAUGGCAGGUCUAAAUCCGCAGGGGGAGCCAUCUUGUGCCCCCUCGGAACUGUCUCUUUGUGGAGGGAACGAAGAGGAGAAGGAAGGUGACUGCGGACAAAUUUCAGGACCCUUCUCUCCCAGUGCAAGUUCAAGGACUGUCGGGGACGUAGACAAAUUAACUGUGAAGGGUAUGUCUCCAUCUGCGGGCGAGCACGGUGACUGUUCUCACGACACCGCGGCCGCGUCAGGGUUGCCUCUGCCAGCCGACUUGGGCUUGGCAGUGGCUAGUGACAACACCCCAUCCCAUGGCAAAGGCCUUGACGUUGGAUUACUGGAGACUCCACCACUGCCCCUCCAGGAUCAAGUCUCAACAGAUCCUAAACCAUGCAUUUUCUCAGAUGCUCGAGAGCCUUCUUCCUUUGGGUCCAAAGGAAGUUUUCCCCUCCAUGACGUUGCUACCUCUGCGGUUGCCAUUAGUACAUCUCUGGGGGCGAGGGCAGGUCACACAGCCCUAGGAGUUCACAGCUCAGAGCCACGAGACCACAGCUGGGCUGUGGGGGACACUCGGGCACAAAGCUUCCCAGACAGCAAAGCUAUGGCAGAGGGCACAUCACAGACACUUGCUCCAGGGAAUCCUUCAUCUGGACAAAGAAUUUCAGGUUUGGGUCCACUGGGGCCAACUGGAAAGACUCGUCGUGAAAUACCGGCUUCAGGACCAAGUUCAACGAGUUCACACCAAGAGGAAGGGAGACACAAGACAUUUUUUCCUGCCAGGGGCCAAUCUGGAUGUGGGGAAACGGCCAUUCCCUGCCCCGCUUUAGGAAGUGAUGGUGGGAAGUGUCAAGUAUCUGGAUUAAUUACUCUGAAGAGGUCUGUGGAUCCUUCCCACCCAGGGCAGCCCCCAGAAAUCCCUGAAGCCCCUUCUAAAUCCAUCAGGAAGAGGAGUUUGGAAGGAAUGAGAAAGCAAACUCGCGUGGAGUUCAGUGACACCAGCAGUGACGAUGAAGACCGAUUGGUUAUAGAAAUAUGA